AUGAAGGGUGACGCUGCUGCUGGUACACUUCUUCAUGAACUUACCCACAGCGAGAACAUUCUUGGCACUGCUGCGACAAAGGAUCAUACUUUCCCAUACGUAAUCAAUGGCAAAGAAGUAACCCUAGCUGCGUAUGGAACAGGGCCAAUUGCAGGGCUUGCUUCUGUAAAACCGCACCUUACUUUGAAUAAUGCCGAUACCCUCGCAUAUUUUGCUCUAGGUGCGACUGGUCACGGUACCAGUGCGGUAUAG